UGUACGUUCUAACAGAUAUAAAAAAUUGAAAUAUACCCAUUGCCUUGAUUCACAUCAACAGUUGAACGAACAGGCAUCACCACUCCACUAUCGUCAUGCUUAGAAAAAUUAGCAAGACACUUUUCUAUGAUUGGUAUCAGGUCAUCAUAUUUCAGCAAUUUCUGUACGUCUUCUGCUGAAAUUGAAGUAGCCAUUUGUUGUGUAUAUUAAAGAUCACUAUUAAACUUUCAAAAUAUAUUAUUAUUCAGUUCUAUCUGGUGGUACUAUUUAAUAGAAUAUUUCAAAGUAAUUGCGCAACAAUGCAACAUGCGCUCUUUUGGCCGUAAUAUAAUUUUUUUAUUUGGUGUUUCCACAAAACAAAAAUAUCGAAUAUAUUUUUUAAUUAAUAUCCAUGUAUCAAGCCCUUUGAAAGUAUUUUACGAAACAUCACAAAAACAAAUAAAAGGAAAAUCUAAAAUCUGAGGAAAAUGAUAAAACGAUAUUAUUAAUACUCAAUAAGUUCUGAAAAUCCCGACAUCUUCUUGGAAACUGAUCAAGGUCAUCAAGGACAUCAAGCAUUUUCCUCAAAGCUGUAACGUGAGCCUGUCGUGCGACAUGUCAGAGGUUGCACUAUUUGGUUUUGGAAAUUUUUUGUAAAAUUGAAAAACCAAAAUAGAGUCAUAUGAUAGAGUCAAUAGACAUCAACAAACAAAUAAACAAUAGAAAACAUCACGAAUCAGAGUGAAAGAGAACGUAAAUUAUAUUUUUGAUUUAAGCUGACUUUCCGUAGAAUAGAUAUGAUAUUUUGAAGUUUUGACUGAUGGAAAACUACACAAGAUUGAACAGUAGGCCAGUUGUUGAAGAUCCAAAGGAACCAUGGGAUAUUUAUGUUGGAAAUGGAAGCAAAGUGAAAGCUGUCAUCAGCAAGGCAUUGAAAAUACUUGAGGUAUAUAUAUAAUUUGAUGAAUUUUUUUAUGACAAAUAUUAGUAUAGCUUGUUCCACGAUUUCUGUGACCCGGCCAUGUCGGCCACUCCCUAUCUUAAUUAUCAUGGACAAGUUAAUACAGAGGUUUAUGCUAUGGGUAUACAUGAGCAAUAUUUUUCUGGAGACGUCAACACAAUGGUGGUAAAAUGGUUGUAUUGUCGUCGCAAGAGAGAAACUGCUUGUAUCAUAUGCUCUGCAAUGGCAACGCAACUUUAGCCUCUGCGCAAUCAUUGCCGAAAAUUGGUAUAAGGUUGAUGAUUUACACGUUUCUUGACCAGCGAAUGAAAAGCAUUAUAAAGAGAUAUAAUGCAGUUGAAAUAUUGCAGGUGUAGCCACCUUGUGCGACAGCAGCAUAAUUAUAACACAUGCAUACUGUGUUAUUAACCAUUGUGUAACCAUCACAGCAAAAAUAUUGCUUGUGUAUCUGGAGCUUUACGGUAUUCAUUGACAUCAUACACGCAGUGAUGUCAAGUAACAAAGUAAGUGUACUUUGUUACUGUACUUGAGUACUAUUUUGAAGAAGUUGACAUGUAAUGUUCAAAGUAAACUUUUUCUGGAGUACUUUUACUUGGAACAAAGUCGUUUUAAGAAGUAACGUUGUACUUCAUUAUUUUCAUUUUGUGGAGAAAUAUUUCGUUACUUUCUACAGUAACUUUUGUUUAAUUUUACAUGAUUUAUUCCAGAUUCAAUUUAAAUUUGGGAUAGGUAAUAGGACCUCUUCAUUGGUCUGGGAUCUCUUGUUUGUGGCUUACUUAUAAGGCAGUAUUAUUUCUUUAAUUAAUGGAUUUCUUAUAUCUUCACACAAAGUCUGGAAAGUAGACCAUGCUGUGAAAUAUAAUAAUUUUAUAUUAGGUGCACGCACAUAUAAUGAAUGCAUGCAUGUGCUUUUUUGUUUCUGUUGUAUGCCAAUCGUCCAUUGGAGAAGUCGAUCCUCCCCCCCCCCACAUGCUACAGACAAUAUAUAGUACUUUACUUUUUACUUCAAGUAUUUUUUAAGGAUACUGAACUUUGUACUUUUUACUUGAGUAUGUUUUGCCUCCAGUACUCUAGGGGUGCACCGGAACUCGGUUCCGGCCGGUUAGUUCCGGCCGGAACCCCGAUUUUUUAGAGUUCCGGUUCCGGCCGGAACUAGUAAAAAAGCAUGGCCGGAACCGGAACUCUGUUGUUUUCAGAGAGAUAGAAUAUCAAACGUUUUUGUAUCUAACAAAAGGUCACAGUAGAAAGAAAUUUGGACUACGCAAGGGAAAUGUACACUACUAACACUUCAUUAUGACGUUUAACGCUUGUCAAUCUUUUUAUUCUAACAUUUGCGAGCUCUCUCCUUUAUGACUUGAAGUAUCUGCCUGUCUGGCAGCGGACAAAGUAACAUAUGACUAUAUAUGGCUUAAUAAAUUAGUUCCGGUUCCGGCCGGAAGUUCCGGCCGGAACUUUUUUCCAGUUCCGGUCGGAUCCAGUUCCGGCCGGAACUUAAAAAACUGGUUCCGGUGCACCCCUACAGUACUCUUUACUCUUACUCAAGUCGUUUUAUUGUUAAUUACUUCUACUUUUACUUGAGUACAAAUUCAAAGUAAUUUAGGCACCACUGAUUGACAUCCACUAGACUCAAACACUGUGAAGCACAUAUCCUCCAGAUUAGAAGCUUUAUUACAUGCACACAGAAGAUUAAUUUUAUUUCACCAUUGCCUUUAUAUGUACUGCACUGACAUUCUUUUCUGGGACAUUGGACUUGCUUUCAAACAUGUUUAAGAUCAUAUUAAUAUACUACAUGGGAUAUAGUUAUAUUUUUAUUAACUUUGUACCUUGCAGAUGUUAAGCUUAACAUAUUCCGAACAGAUUUGUAGAAGGGUGCAUGGUGUAAUUGUUAUUAAUGCAUGGUUAUUAUUGUAUGUAUAUAGGAGAGUGGUGAGAAAGUGGUGCUAAUAGGUUUCGGUCCUACAUUAAACAAAACUAUAACAUGUGUGGAGAUAAUAAAGAGAAAGAAGCAGGUAAUAUUGCUGUAUAAAUAUGACAUCAAUUUUACAGCAUCAAUGAUAAUUGACAAUAUUUAACUAUUAAUUAUCUUGUGUUUCUCGACCGCCAGAUAUACAUUUAAAAAGGUUGCUAACUGAGUGAGUGUGUAAACUACAAUGAAAAUAAAGCUAAAACAAAAUAAUUUUGAGAGGAACACCAAAAAGAUUUUAGGUUUUGAACACUUUUCAUCGCAAAUAAAUAUGCCACAUUGAGAAAAAAUGCCUCUUAGGGACCGGUCAUAAAGUAUUUACUAGGGGGUGUGGAGGAUAUUUUGGGGGGGGAGGGUACGAAAAAAAUCCAGAACCUCUGAGGGGGGUACGAGAAAAAUAACAGAACCUCUAGGGGGGUACCAAAAUCUUAGUACUAUAUAGUAACGUGAAAAAAUUACGUUUUAUAAUUAGUGUUGAAUAUUGAAUGUAUAUUUGUGCCCAGAUUUUUAAAUAUGAUAACGAGUGUCAGUAUUUGUAGCAGCCAUGCUUUUGUUUUUCUAAAGCUUUUAAUGUAUCCUAUAAAUUAAAUGUAAUCUGAGAGCAGUUAAUAACUUAAACAUUUAUAGUGAUUAGGGUAUAGUACUAUAGGUACAGCAAUUUCAAAGAGUCUCAGUCUCUACAUUCAUCGUUAUUAUAGUUCUUUUUUUGCUAUAAUUAUUAUUAAAUCAACACAAAGUAUAUAUGUUUCAAUGUCAGAUAUGAUAAGUAGGAUUCAGUAUCCGUGGAACUUUUGGAGUACAAAUCUGAUACAUCUGAAUUGUCAAUGCUAGCAAGCUCACACCAUUAGGAACCUAAUGAGAAAGUGUCACAUUGAAUGGAAGCACAUUUUUUCUGUUUGAAAUAAACCAAAAACAGAUUUUUAUGUUUGUUCUUACCCUCAGCCCAUAAUGCUAAGUCUAUGUCAGAAUCAGAAACAGAAAAGCCUGUGGUGAUGAAUUGGAGACUGUGGAAAAUGUUGAGGAUAUGGUUACCACUACAAGAAGUGAGAGAGUUAUCACAAACUGGAGAGUUUCGAAAUAUAGAUAAAUGCAAGACAAAUGUUAAAACAGAAUUAAUGAUAGAAGGGGGGGAUGAAAAUUUUCACUUACACUGAAGAGGGUUACGAAAAUUUCUCCAUAGGUUUUUGGGAGGGUAUGGAAAUAUGUACUAGUCUUGAAAUUUUAUUUAUCGUCCACCUCCCUCUAGUAAUUACUUUAUGACAAUUAGUCCCUUAAUACCUACUGUAUGUGGUCACUUUUGUGUCACUGACUGUAUGUCUCUAAAUGUACCCUUGGGGACUGUUUUGUGCCCCUAACCCUAGAUUUUUAGCUUUUGCGCACCCCCAAGAUCUUGUUGAAAACUGCCCAAUUCUGCUGUUUGAUAAUUAAAUCCACCAUUUUGUAUUCAGGAAUGUUGCAGCUAGAGCCAGAGAUAAUGCAUGUUCACACUAUCCGGAAAAAAGUGCAAUCAAAAUGAAAUUUGAUCGUAGAUUUAUAAAGUUUUUCAAUGUCAUUUAUAGAGCAUUUAUUGACUCAAUAAACACAUGUAAUGUAAUACUUUAUGCCAAACACUACAGUGUGGUGAAAGUUCUUUUAGUUUUGACAACUGCAGUUCACUCUCAGAUACAAACACGCCGAGCAUUGAAGGGUAAUUAAUGCAAGCAAAAAUACAUAAUUGCCAUUUUGUGAUUGUCAAUUCCGACAAUGGAAUGUUUCUCUUAAUUGCCAUAUCAAAACACUGUAUUAAUUGUUUCUCUUAAUUGCCAUAGCAAAACAUUAUACAGAUAUUGAAUUAAUUUUCUUUAACUUUUGCAGGAUCUUCAUCAGAAUAACAAGCUCUUUUACAAAAAGUAAGAUUUCUGAACCCACCAUAUAGAUAGUGUUUUUCUGAGAAUUAAGUAUUUUUCUCAGGGCAACAUGUAAAUGUAACACAAACCUUUAUGUUGUGGUUAAUAUGCACUAUAAACACUACAAAUGUGUAAAUUUGUCAGUUAAGCUAGAUUAUAAAUUUAUAAUAUGUGGUGUUUUAUUAUUUUGCUUUAAUUAAAAUAAUCUUUUAUUUUAGCCACCCCUAGGCAUGCAUUUUACACCUCUGACCCUGACCAUUUCGAAUACAAGUUAUUGUAUGUACUGUAUUUUACAUAAUUAAUUCCUAUGCAAGUUUUCUUUUUAUAUAGAAUGGAAGAUACUUGGGUGCCAAAUCAAGAGGGUUUGGAUAGGUAUUGAUUAAACAAUAUGAAUAUUGAAUACUUAACGAAUACAUUAAUAAGUAAUAACUAGUACAUAUAUAACUGUAUAUUGUAAAUGUGCCCUAGCUGGAUGCAAAUAUACUGUAAAACAGAAAUACAUGCAAAAUAAUGUCAGGCAAUAUUGAAAGUAACUUUGCUUUAAUUUGAUUUGGACAUAUAUAUUCACAUGUGCAUAGAAUAUAUAAUAAUAUUAAUCAUAUUUUUAUUUAUCUCUAAUUCUUAUUUUGCAAAGGUUGACUGUUACAAGAAACGUUCCUGCCAUCAAAAUUGUUUUAUCUAAGACUCCACUUGAUGAGAAUGAACCAGGGUAGGUGGCAUGACUAUGGAAAGCCAAAUGUUACUUUAUGGGUAAAUAUUAACUGGACUCUGUAGCUCGGAAUCACAGGGCCGCAGGUUUGAUUCCUGCCAGGGACCUACAGUGUAG